GUUUGUGUUCCACGCUUUGCUGACCUGACUGGCGAUGGCCUUUCUUUGCGAGGCGACCUUCUUUGUUCUUUUCUAGCAUUCUUAAAUACCCGCGCGUCCGUAAGUAGGUAGCGUGUGGUAUAUAUAUACACUCUAUCCGAGAAUACCGUCCAUUUGCCGGACCGUGCCUAUAUAUACCGGUCUUUGCAAGGCCACGCCCGACAAUUGAGUCGACAAAUUUGCUUGUGAAGGCCCAGGUGCUGUUUUGAUUCUGGUGAAAAUGUCUCUAGGCAGUGGCACGUUGAUCGACCCUUCGAAACCAGGAGAGUAUCCCAUCUUACUCGGCGACAAAUUGGCUCGGAAGGGGAGUGUGGGGGGGUCGUCGUUCGUUAAUAUAACGUAUAAUCACAAGAGCAAGUCAGCGACACCGAACCAGCGCACGAAAAUAACCCGAUCGUCCGUUUCGCAAGACAUCUACAAUCUCACCAUCACGGACAAAGCGGGAAAUGCCGAGCAGACCACGUUAGAGUACAAAUACAAAGGGAGCGUUGAUCCAUCGUUGCCCGUGCAGAAUUUGGAGACUCGGAAUUUAGUGCUUGUUUUCGAUGCCAAUCGUAAAGCUUUCAUCCUAGAGCCGGUUGGUACGAACUUGAAUUUCAAUUUGCGGUCUGCUCCUGGAAAGAACAAGGAAGCGAUUGACCAAAUCGAGCAACUGCACACUCUCGAUGACGACGCUGAUCAUGCGUCGAGAGAUGAGACUGAUGAUGAAAGUCAAGAAAGCGCCGACCGGGAUAACCCGUAUGACUUCCGACAUUUUCUACCCAAGCCUAAUGUCGAAAGCAGUAAGCCCACGCUGUCGACAACGACCACUCCAGACCCGCAUGGUGCAGUUAGUAGGAUUGAUACGCCUGUGACGAGGCCUACGAAGGUCGAGAAGACGAACCCGAAAACAUUGCCCAAAGCUAGACAGCAAACAAAUCUUCUACACAAACCGAAACAAGGACUGAAGUCUGCUCCAAUGAGCACGGCACCGGCUACGUCGGCAACGAAAAAGAGACCACCCAAGUCAGCGGAGCGCGUGGAAUCAGAAGAUCUCAGCUCUGAAUCCGCACCGUCUGAUGAUGAGCAAGCUGAGCCGCAGCUGGAUUCAAACAAAAGCACGGCCUCUCCAAGCUCUAAUAUUAUUAUCGAUGGAGAUCUCAUUAUUGACAUGGGCUCUCCGCCAUCACGGCCCAGCUUCAAAGUUAACCCUGCUCAUUUCUCGUCCAACAACAGUUCGGCAAACGAAGCCGACGACGAUGAUGAGGAGGAGGAGGAUAUCGAAGACUUGCGACUCCCAUCUCCGGCUCGACAAGACACAACAGCGCCAUCGACUGAUGCUAAGGGAGAGGAUGAGGAUGAUGAGGAUGCGCUGGCAGCAGAGAUGGAAGCUGCUUUUGAAGAGGAGGCAUCAAGGACACAAAACAUGCAACAGACUCAGCGAUAUAUAAGCGAAGACGAGAGCGAGGUCAGUGAGGAGGAGUAACGUAUCUACUUUUAUCCAGCUUCUGCUUCUGUAUCUUGCUUUUGGUUACUUGGACAGGAUUUACUUUAUAUCAUGAUGGCACAUAGCGUUGGCGAUAAGUUUGGAUGUCACACAAUAUUGGCAAUUCAGGUGUUUAGGAUAGGGGUUUUAUACCAUGAGUACUUAUCAUUAUCUUUAUUUUCCAAUUCUCUUCCUGGC